AAAGCAUCAGUUUACUCGCAUCUGAACCAACACAGACCACGAAAAUGAACUCGCUGGUGGUGUUGUUCUCCGUCCUGGCGCUGGCCGCCGCCUCCCCCUCCGGGGCCUACUACAGCGGCGCCCCCGUGGCCUACGCCGCCCCCGCCGUGGCCUACAGUGCUCCGGCCGUGGCAUACCCGCUGCCAGCUGCCACCUCCAGCCAGUCCCGCAUCGACGUCAAGACCUCUCCCGCCAUCGUCGAGACCGUGGCCGCCCCCGUCGCCUACUCCGCCCCCGUCCCCGUGGCGCCGGUAGUGAAGGCUGCGUUCGCCGCUCCCGUCGCAGUGGCCCCCGCCGCUGUCUCCCACCAGUCCCGCAUUGACAUCAAGACUUCCCCAGCCGUCGUCCAGACCACUGUGGCCGCCGCCCCUGUAGCCUACGCCGCCCCUGCCGCAUACGCCGCGUACGCCGCACCCGCCGUCGCUCCCGCGGUGGUGAAGACCGCCUACACCGCCCCCGUGGCCUACGCUGCACCCGCUGCCUACGCCGCUCCUGCUGCGUUUGCCGCCCCUGCCGCAUUCGCUGCUCCUGCCGCAUACGUCGCCCCGGCCGCAUACGCUGCGGCUGCCUUCCCCGCCCCGGCUGCCUACGCCGCCGCCCCCGCCGCGUUCGCCACUCACGCCGCCCCAGCUGUGCCCCUCGACACCCCCGAGGUAGCCGCCGCCCGCGCCGCCCACUUCGAGGCCAAGGCUGCCGCUGAAGCUCACUCCAUCCACAAGCGUUCAGCUCCUCUGUUCUACGGCUCUGCUCCCGUCGUCUCCACAUACGCCGCUCCCCUGACCUACUCGGCAGCUCACGUCGCCUCCUACGCCCCCGUCGCGUCCUACGCCUACUCCACUCCCUACUUCACCAAGACCUACGGCAUCCACCCGCAUCAGUCGAUCCUAACUCAUCGAUCAACACAGACCACGAUGUUUAAGCUGGUGGUGUUGUUAUCUGCGGCGUGCCUGGUGGCCGCCAAGCCCGGCUACGUGUCUGUGGCGCAGCCGCUGGUCUACAGCGCGCCUGCCGUCAGCUCCGUGAGCCAGUACAGCAGCAGCGUGGUGCACGGACCCUCGGUGUACAGCCACGUGAGCCCGGCCGUGGCCCCCGUGGUCCUGACACAGGCGCCACACUCCCCCGCUGUAGUCUUGGACCCCGUGCACGGAGUUCCCCUCGACACCCCCGAGGUGGUCGCCGCCCGCGCCGCUCACUACCAAGCCAAGGCUCUGGCCGUCCACCACCUCCGCAAGCGGUCGGCUCCUCUCGCCUACAGCUCCGUCGUCCCCGUGGCUCACAGCUCUGUUGUGUCUCCGGUCGCGUACGGCUCUCCCCUCGCCUACUCCGCUCCCCUCGCCUACUCCUCCCCUCUGGCCUACUCUUCGCCCCUCGCCUACUCUUCCCCGCUCGCCUACUCGUCUCCCGUCGUGUCUGCCUACGGAUCCCCGGUGGUGUCUGCCUACUCGUCACCAGUGGUCGCUCACUCCGUAGUUCCUAAGGCCUACAGUGUCCACCCCUAUUAAUCAAAGAAAUAAGGUCCAAAUUAAACUAGUCUGCUGAUCAAACGAAUCUAAAUAAGACGAAAUGUAACGAAAUUGAAAAUUAUAAUAUUCACUGCCAAAAUAAAUGCUAUUGAAUUUUUAA